AGUUCAGAACUCCUUGGACCUUCCCAGUCCAUUAUGUCAACUGUAAAUGACACCAAAUGCAAAUCUGCAGUAUUCCUUCUCACCGGGAUACCUGGGCAGGAAUAUGUUCAUCUGUGGAUCUCCAUCCCCUUUUGUUUCAUGUAUCUUAUUUCAAUAUUAGGAAAUUCAGUCAUUCUGUUCAUUAUAAAAACAGAUCCAAGCCUCCAUGAGCCCAUGUAUAUUUUCCUUUCCAUGUUGGCUGUCACAGAUGUUGGCUUAUCGAUAGCCACAAUACCGACGAUACUGGGCAUAUUCUUGUUUAAUUCUAGGGAAAUAAGCUUUGAUGCCUGUUUUGUCCAGCUGUUCUUCAUCCACUCGCUUCAAUUCAUUGAAUCCUCCAUGCUCUUUCUGAUGGCCUUUGACCGCUUCGUCGCGAUCUGUUACCCACUGAGAUAUGCUUCCAUCUUAACCCGGCAAAGAAUAGCCAAGAUGGGAUUUCUGUUUGUGCUAAGAGGGUUGGCCAUAGUAUUCCCAAUCCCCUUUCUCCUAAAACGGUUCCAAUAUUGUCGAGCUAAUAUCCUCUCCCAUUCCUACUGCCUGCACCAGGACGUUAUUAAGAUGGCUUGUUCGGACAUCACAUUCAAUAGCACCUAUGGCUUGGUUGUUACACUCUUAACAGUGGGUUUGGACUCACUUUUCAUCUUCCUCUCUUAUGUGAUGAUCCUCAAAGCAGUGCUGAGCCUUGCGUCCCACAUGGAGUGCCUCAGGGCCUUGAACACCUGUGUCUCCCACCUCUGCGCCAUCCUGCUCUUUUACACUCCAGAAAUUGGUUUGUCUGUGCUACACAGAUUUGGGAAGGGCUCUUCUCCCUUGUUUCAGAUUCUCCUGGGCUACAUCUACUUGUUGGUUCCACCUCUGAUUAAUCCAGUUGUGUACAGCGUGAAAAGCAAACACCUUCGUGAGAGGAUAAUCAGGGUGUUCAUCAAGUGA